AUGGAUGAGGCAUCGCACGACCGUGAUUACGAAGCAGUCGAUGAUGGAGAUGUGGAUCAUAAGAUGAUCAUUGACAAUGAAUGCAGCCUAAAUGUUCAGCAGUCAACUGCUCUUACUGAUAAUGCAAAUAGCGACAAAAACAACACUCGUCACCAGUUAAUGAAUCAUUCAAUAUCGUAUCACAGUAAUCAUUCAACGCCGUCGCUACGAUUCGCCGCUAUCAGCAGCAUCUCGUCACCAACUUCUUCUUCAGUCAAUCGUCCACGACCAAAACGUUCGCAGAGUGCUUCGGCUACGGCACAACGACAACGCCAGAGUCAUGUUGCCGUAUCGAAUAGAGGAGAGAACGAUGAUGAAUUCGAACGACGUGCUAUGGCUGAAGCAGCGUUCAACGAAUGGCUUCGAAGAAAGAGCAGUCUUCCAAGAGGUCCAAGAUGCUCACCGUCGCGCGAUCAAAUCGAACAACAUCUGCGUGAGGAUGCACGUCAUCGAGUGCUGAAUAUUUGGUUAGCAAGACCGCCACCACCACCACAAUCAGCAGCAGCAGCAGCAACAACUACUAUCAAUUGUCACAAUGAUGAAUAA